AUGGGUUUGGUUAACCCAUGGGUUGGGUCCAAAUUGUUUGAAGUUGCGUGGGUUAAGUUAGUACAUCAGCACAGCAGAGUGUUGAAGAUGAUUACACUCAGCCAGCCAAGAAAGCACGCUUUGAACCUUUUGCUAACCUGCGGGAUGGAUCCUACUGGCAAGACAAUAGCAAAGACUUUAUACUUUUCUCAAAGAUUGCUAGACGAGUGUUAUGCAUCUCUGCCAGUUCAGCACAAUCUGAAAGAGAUUUCAGUUCAGUUGGUCGCACAGUCACAGAUGCUCGAUCAAGUCUGUCUGCACGGAAAGUUGAAGAACUGGAAUUAUUUAGAUGGGGCUGUCGAGCUUCCAUAA